AAACCCAACUGUCACUCUAUUGUGCUCCAAAAGUAUUAUUUUGGUUACUCACAGAAAUUAAACAAAUUGUGACAUAAUCUCAAACAACUUCAAUCGAUGUUCUUAUUCCACGUCAGAAAAAUAAAUCAUCCACGAUCCAAACGAUUUGAAUAAGCUGAACCAGUUAUAUCGGAGAAAUAGCUGCAAGAUUGUGGAUGCAUCCCUCUAUUUCCCUUCGUGGAUUGACCUCUACUAAAAAUGGAUUACCCUUCCGUGAGAGUUCUGAGUAAUCCCUGUGACCCAACUGUUGAGCGUCACUUCAGAGGUCACAAAAAGCCCCUCACAAACCUGACAUUCCACCCAGAUGAGCACCAAGUGGCGACGUCAAGCCUAGACAACACCUUCAUGGUGUACACAUUCGCAGACUCGAUGAGAGCGAAUCGCUUCAUCUCUCACAAAGAUGCUGUCCAGGAUGUCGAUUAUUCCCCCUCUGGGGAAGUAAUCGCCACAGCGUCUAAGGACAGAACAGUCAGGAUCUGGGUGCCAACAGUCAGAGGGGAGUCACUGGACUUCAGAGCUCACACUGGAGCGGUGAAAUCCGUUCGGUUCAGUCGAGACGGCCAGAAUUUGCUCACUGCUUCUGACGACAAAAUCGUGAAGCUCUGGGUCGUGUGCAGGAGGCGAUUCCUCAAGUCCUUCGUUGGGCACACGAACUGGGUGCACUGCGCCAGAUUCUCCCCCGAUGACAGGCUGAUAGUGUCUUGUGGGGAUGAUAAGACCAUCAAGUUGUGGGACAUCGCCAGUGGAAAGUGCGUGAGGACCAUUACAGAGCUGAAAGACCCAGCUCUCGAUGUGGAGUUUCAUCCGAGUGGCGUUGGCAUUGGGGCUGGGAAUGCGGGGGGAUGUGCCAAGUUCUUUGAUUUGAGGACCGGGCAGUUGCAUCAGCAUUACACUGCGCAUACUGGGGCUGUUAAUAAAGUGAAGUUCCAUCCGAAUGGGAACUUUAUGCUGACUGCUUCGGAAGACGCCACGAUGAAGAUUCUAGAUUUACUCGAGGGUCGUCCAAUUUACACUCUGAAAGCUCACUGUGGAGGUGUUCGAGCCAUUGGUUUCUCCCCAACGGGAGAAUUCUUCGCUUCUGGUGGAGCUGAUCAACAAUUGUUGGUCUGGAAGUCCAAUUUCGACAGGCAGGAAGCAACGAGAAAGGGCAAGAGGACUCUCUAUCCAGAUGAUGCUCGGUUGAAUUUGGAAUCCCAAAUUGAUGCUCUUCAUAUUGACAAUGGGCAAGACUCAUCGGGAUCUUAUGUGGAUGCCAGGGAAAAUGUUGAAGAGAGUGGGGAGGAUGGAGAGAGAGAAGAAUUGGAGUAUGUAACAGAAUUGGGUGAUGUAAAUAUGGAAAUGGCGAGAGGAAGAAGCUGUUUUGGUCCAAUUGCAGAGAUUCCGGGGGAGAGGUAUCCAGUCGAAGUGAUAAAUCUGAGAAGCUCGUGGCCACAGCAGGAAGGGAGAGCAGGAAAGCCCACACCCUCCAGGAUUAAUCAGAAUGUCCUUGUCAAGCCCCUCACAAGCAAAAGUCUCGAACAACUUCUCAGCAAUCAAGUGGAGGCUCUGAGGAACACGAUCGUCCUUCUCGAGCAGAGGCUCACGAAUGUUGAGGAGAGGCUCAAACACUAGAUUAAGUAUUCACAUCACGACUUUCCAUUCAAUCUUUAGCAUGUACUUUAUUUAUUGCUCGUGAAGCCACUGAAUGCUCAAUUCAGGAUUUUUUUCUUUCAUCUAAGAAUUUAGUGAAUUCUUACAAUUUUUCCCCAAAUUUGGAAGUGAAAUGUUACUAUUCAAUUUUAAAUAAUAAAUUAUUUCGUCAAUGAGGGGAUUUGGGAUGAAUUUUCUACUCUGAAUCUAGUUCUUUUUAAGAUAAUUAUACAGCUAAUGGGAAUGUGAUGUAAUUCUUACGUUUUACCACUUUUCUAGUGGUAAUCAAGAAGUGGUCAAUCAAUUACUUAAUGACGUUUUGUUACUCAAGUUACCAUUCUUUUUGGAAUAUAAAUUUAUUCGUUAGGGUGCCAUCUACUUUUUGUCGAUAGUGAUACAUUAUAAUCAAUUAUUAGUCAAUAAAUUUCCUGUUUUAUACAAAAUAAAU